GGAUACCAGGACAGCGGACGAAUUCAUGCCACAUAAUUGAAUUAUGACAUGUUAUACAAAACAUUUCCCAUUCUUUGCCUCCUUCCUUCAAGUGUCAUCGCCAUACUAUCUCAUCCAAAUAUUUCGCAGCACACACACAUAUAUGACACACACACAAUGACAGAUGACACAUACCACACUCGGAACAGCUGAUUCUCAACGCGUCAUCGAUGGAGAUUGCGCAGAAGUCUGAUUUUGAAUAUUCAUAACGGUGUAAUAAAAUUGCGUUAAAUUAAUUAAUAAAAAAUAAUAUAUAUAUAUCCUAAAAAAACAUAGACAAAAGAUUAAUUAUCUCUCGAUUUAAAUAGUGAAAAUAAACCAUGAGUAAUUUUAGUGAUCGUCAAAUAUUGGAUAUUUCCAAUAUUUCAACGAUCUCUCAUAAUAGUAGUAGAUUUAUUGGCAGAAUGGAUUCGUCGCAAUGCUUGUUGGACAAUUAUUCUAGCAUUAUAAAAAGUAAUAACGAUAAGCUCCAAGAAACAGAUGCAAUUGAGAAAGCGAUGAAGUCUUUUACAUUGUGCGAGAAAAAUGUAAAUGAGCACAGAAAAGUCAAUAUUGUUUAUCAGUGCGUGAAGGAAGCAUCGUUGAACCACAACAAUAUUCUAUCUGAAAAUAUAGCAAAAAAAUUGCAAAUAUUGCUCACAAAUCAUGAACUUGACAAAUACAUGCAUCUUCCUUCAUCUACGAAUCAUAUACAAGAUAAGCUGAAGCUUUUGGGAAUUAUUGAUUUACCAUCGGCUGACUUGAAUCCUGAUGAAAAAUUGGAAAUCAAAUGCUGUGUCGAGACAAUGCUUCGAGAAAAAAUACACGAUAUGAUAUUAAAAUACAAAGAAUUAGGAGGAAAUGUCAAAGAGGCAUUGAAGAGCGACGAGUGUAUUGCAAACAGCCAAUUCCUGGAAUGUCAUGAUGUAUCAGCAGUAGAAUGGAAGAAUAAAGUUGAAGAAUUAAUUUUGCAGUGCAAAAGCGAUUGUCUGAAAUAUACGAAAUUGAGCGACAGAUGGAACAAGCUGAAGUACGAGGAUAUGAGCCAAGCAAAUUUAGAAAAGGCAGGGCAUUUGCUGCUGCAAACGCAAAUUGCCGAGUUGCAAGCAAAAUUAACAAAGCUUUCGUGCACAAUUAAAAUGUUUAAGGAGACUCCGACGACUAUUGACGCUUUCAAAAUGUUAAAUCAAUUGGUUGAAGAGAAAUUAAAGGCAGUUAAAGAUGAAAUUCGUAAAAAAGAAGAAUUAAAGAAACUAUAUGAUAAUUUGAAAAACACCGAAUACGAUGAGAUAUUGGAGAAUUACUUACAGCUUUGUAAUGCAAUAAAGAAAAAGAAACAUAUUUUAGAUAAGUUAACAUAAUUUUUUAAAUA